AUGGAUUCGCAUCAAAGUUCUAGUAGAUUGUUCCGUAUCCCAUUUAAAGUCCCAAGUUUCCAUGGUAUUCGUACAAUUGGUGUUUACCUAUCAGGUUUGUUCUUUGCCCUUGGAUUUUGGGUCUUUUUAGACUGUGCCCUUUAUUCAAAACAUGCCAAUGCCUCAGAUGUUCACGUUACAUUUAUUGAUUGGAUACCUUUCCUAUGUUCUACAUUAGGGAUGAUUAUAGUCAGUUCUAUUGAGAAGUCGAGGUUACUAAAUUUGGAUGGUGGUAGUGGAUUUAUAGGUGGUGCUGACAUAGAGCAAGCUACUGCAUGGCAGGCACGUACUAUCUUAUUCUGUGGUUUUGCUCUGUUAGCUGGUGGGCUUUCUGGCUCUGUAGUGGUUUUAAUUAUUAAAUUUUUGCUUAAGGAUUAUACUACAUAUCCAACAGUGGGGAUGGGGAUUAAUAAUGUUUUAGGUAAUUUAUUUAUCUUGAUAAGUUGCAUUAUUCUAUGGAUUGCACAGAAUGUGGAAGAUGAAUAUUCAUAUUCUUUAACUAUUUGA